GCUCAGCGUCACCCACAAGAUGCUACUCCUAAUCCAAAACAAUUUCAUUCAUUCUUUCACAGCUUGAGAGAAGCGAGCAGGUGCCAAGCUCAAUCAGCGUUAUUGUUCACUGUGUGUGGCUAUAUUCUAACAUUCGAUGGCAGAACAACCCAUGACCGAGUGGAGCAGUGGUCUCUUUGACUGCUUUGAAGACGUGGCAACUUGUUGCUAUGGUUUUUGGUGCUGCCCUUGCCUUGCCAUCACAGUUUCAGAAAGAUUUGGAGAGAGCCGUUGUCUCCCAUUAUGUGACAUAUGCACCCCCGCCAUUACUGCAUGUUGUGGGAUACCUCUGUGUGUGGUGCCUCCUGCCGUCCUGUCUCUAAGGGCUGCCAUGCGAAACAAAUAUGGUAUCAAGGGUUCUCUCUGUAAGGACAUUGCAGCUGCCUGUUGCUGCGAGACGUGCGCCUGGUGUCAGAUGCAUCGUGAGUUAAAACAUCGCAAAAAAACUCCCACUGUCAUCGUCAAUGUUACAAACGUGAAUGUGCACCAGCCUGCUCCAGUGAUGAUGGCUCCUAUAAACCCUGCUCCAAUGAUGGCGGCUCCUGAAUGCCCUGCUCCAGGGAUGAUGGUUCCUCAAUACCCGGCUCCAAUUGGUCCUGAAAACCCUGCCCAAAUGAUGAUGCCUCCUGCAUACCAGUUAGUGGAAACCAAAAAUUGAGAGCAUGAUGAUGGUGACUUUUAGUUUCUUAACCCUCACAGGUCUAAUCCAUCUUUUCUAAUAUUUAAGUUGCUUGGUCUCCUUGUGUAAUAAUGCUUGUAUAGCCUCAAUCCUAUGAUAAAAAUGUAUUGAAAUCUCACAGAGAACCUGUUGGCUUUUAAAAAUUGAUAUCCCGAGCCUUGGCAAUCAGGGGAAAC